UUUCGAGGGGCUGGGCCCGGCCAUGCCAUCCCUUAUGUCAAGCUGCAUGUGAUGGCAAGGCCGACGAUUACCACCUGCCUAGAAUCUGGUUGCGUUAGUUCACAGAAAUGUAAGAACGGAAAGAGUGUGACAGGAGCCAAAAUGGAAAUUUUCAAUUGUAAUGUAAUUGAGUGCAAUCCCUAAACCUCAUCACCAAUCUUUUUAAUGGACUCACCAAAUCCGACCAGCGAUGACGGCGAUGAACUCUUCUUCGACGCCCUUGACGACUUCGCUUUCUACGAUUGCCUUCAUACUGACCAAUCUGAUCAGUCCCCGUCGGAAUCGAAAGAUUUUCCCUCUUCAAUACGGCGCCGUUCACUGUCUCGUCGCCGAAGUCAAAUUCAUCGAAACUUGAAGGAGAGUGAAAUUAUUUUCGAGAAAGGAUCGGACUCGUCUGUGGACCGCGUUGACUCAUCCCGAGUCAGCGAUGAGAAGACUGAUGAAUCGACGGUAACUUUCGAAAAUGAUGACCCAGUUGGUGAUUCUGUUGAUUCGGCUGACUCAGAGUCUUCGAGUUUGCUAGUAUAUAUGGCUGGGUUAAUGAUUAAAGCAAUUUGGUUUCAGUUCAAUUUGCUAAUUAUCUUCCUUUUAUUUCCUAUAUCGAUUUUGUCUUCUUUGUACAUGCUUGUUAUUGAUCCAUUUGGUACUAUAAAGCGUGGAAGAGAGUAUCUAAUGCUAAAGUUUUAUGAUUUAUGGAAUUUGAUCUCUGGCUUUGUUAGGCCUUCGAUUCAUGACCGGUUAAAAGGGCAUGAAUCCAUAUGGAAGCUAGUUUGGCGAUUCGGUUGGGGCUUGUUCUGGUCUAUUUAUGUAUGCUUCAUGUUGUGUGGGCUGUUGCUGUUGGCAGUCGUGAUUAGUGGAUUUUUUAUGAGGUUUUUGGUGGAGAAACCAAUUCAAAUAAAAGAGACACUGAAUUUUGAUUACACAAAAAAUAGUCCGGUUGCGAUUGUAUCUAUUCUGUCUUGUCCUGGUGUUUUCUGUGGCUUCAAUUGUGAAGAGAAGAAAGAAGCUUUAAAGAGUUUAGGGUCUCGAGUUAUACCGGUUGGUCAUAAGUUGCAGGUUACUGUCAUGUUGAAAUUGCCAGAAUCGGAUUACAAUCAAAAACUUGGGAUGUUUCAGGUCAGAGUAGAACUCCUUUCUGCUAAUGGCAAAUCACUUGCGAGUUCAAGCCAUCCUUGCUUGUUAAAAUUCAAAAGUGAACCUGUCCGUCUUCUAUUGACUUUCCUUAAAGUUGCUCCUAUUGUUGCAGGUUAUGUAUCGGAAUCUCAAACAUUGAAUGUGAAGCUUACAGGUUUUAUAGAAGGGGAUAUUCCUACUUCAUGCGUAAAGGUGCAAAUUGAACAUCGAGCAGAAUAUGCACCUGGUGCUGGUAUCCCUGAACUAUAUGAUGCCUCCCUUAUCCUUGAGUCAGAACUUCCAUUUUUCAAAAGAAUCAUAUGGUAUUGGAAGAAAACCAUUUUUGUAUGGAUCACCAUUACAUUGUUUAUGACAGAGUUGUGCUUCACACUAAUCUGUUGUAUUCCCAUUAUUCUUCCAAGACCAAGACCAAGGGGUGGUUCUGCAAGUAAUAGUGCCCAUCGAAGUAGAAUCCAGUCACAAACUUAGUUAAGGCCAUGAGGCUUCAACAGAAUCCGGUAUCAAACUUAGUUAGGCCAUGAGGCUUCAGCAAACUUGGUGAGAUUGAUGUUUGUAAAGAUUAACAUCACUCAGGUCAUUCCUAACACAUUCAGAUUUGUUGUAUUUUGAUUUCUCACUUAUUUGUUCAUUCUUUUUUGCCACUAUGUACAUGUUUUUAUGUUGUAGACUCAACACACUGUCAAUAAAAUAAUCUACAUGUUGGAAAGAGAA